AUGCAACAUCUUCUUUACGAACACGCAAAGGGAUAUUUACUAUUUGAACUAAAAGAAUACGAAGAUUUAUCAAAAGGAUCAUAUCAAGAAUAUAUGAAAUUAACACAAGUAAUAAAAUUUAUUGCUAAAUUUGACUUCUCUGAUGUUCAUAUUGCUAAUGAUAAUAUACAAAAACUUUGUUGUAAUAAGUUAUCUACAGAAUUAAUAAACCUUUUAGAAUUAAAUAAUGUACAAAUACUACAUUCAGAUCCUUCGUUAAAACAAGCACUAAAAGAAAUUGGUAUAAAACAAAAAACAAGUUUGAACAUUAUGAGAGGCAUAAAAUACAAUGAACAUCGAAUUUUGAAAUCUGAACUAGAUUUACAAUUUCUUCUUGGAUUAUCACAUACAUUUUCACGACAUAAAGUAGAAUUUAACAGUAAAAAAGAAGAUAAUUUUUUAAUUAAUACAACAAAUAUGUUAGAGCAACUUGAAAAGGACAUUAACAGUUAUUCUAUGAGAAUUAAAGAGAUGUUUGGUUGGUCUUUUCCAGAACUUUUUGCUGCAUGUAGUAAUAAUGAUGAAUAUAUUAAAGCUAUGGCAUUUUUUAUAUACGGCGAAAAUAUUGAAAAUUUACCGAAAGAAAAAAUUGAAAAAUUUACAAAACUAAAAACUUGUUCAAUAGGAAUACAGUUAAAUGAAGUAGAUCUUUUAAAUAUUAAAAAUUUAUGUGAAAUUAUUGCAGAAAAGAUUAAUUUAAAAAAUAAAUUAAAAGUGUAUCUAAAAGAUAAAAUGGAGUUUAUUGCACCAAAUUUAUGUGAGUUAUUGGGGGAUUUAAUGGCGGCAAAGAUUAUUGUUUUAUCUGGUGGAUUAGUUAAUUUAGCGAAGUCUACAGCAUCUACGAUUCAGCUUUUGGGUGCUGAAAAAAGUUUAUUUCAAUCGUUAAAAGCCAAAACUAAUACACCCAAAUAUGGUGUGUUAUUUAACUCAAAAUUAGUUAGUAAAGCACAAAUGAAGAAUAAAGCUAAAUUUAGUCGUUAUUUAGCAGCCAAGAUAUCUUUGUUAUCUAAAAUAGAUUGUUUCUCAAAUAACAGAACUAAUGCUUAUGGAGUUGCAAUAAAAAAGAUGGUUAAUAAAAAGUUAAAAAAUUUUGAUACUGAAAAAGAAGAAGAGAACACCGAAGAAGUUUUGAGUAAGGUUUAUAAAAAAUUAAAAACAAUAAAUUAA